AUUUUUAACUGUGAUCUAAACUUCUUGCGGAGGAAUUGUGACGCCCCUCAAAUCAACAGAAACGAAAGCGAAAGUAGUGUGUGAGCUGUGGUUUGUUUAUUGACGAGGUUACUUCGUUUGUACAGAUGUCUACCGAGGAUUUCUCCCUUGUUAACGGUGAUUCUAUGGGAACCCUGGAGAACAUACAGAAGGAGAUCAACAAAUGCAAGUGUCAACAUGAAGCUUUAUUAAAGGAUCAUGAUAUAAUUAAAGACGCAAUAGAAAACAACAAAUCCUUUGCUAAGAAAUUUCAACAACGCAUUGAAGACAAAAAAAAUUAUCUUGAGGUAGACAACAAAAAACGUACUGAGAGUUUGGAGAAAGAGCAGGAGAAACGGAGCACUUCACAAAAGGAGCAGGAAAGACUCCGAACAGAUAUCAUGCGAAUGAAGGAGGAGCUGGAAAGUGUGGAGAAGAAAAAUGACCUUCUAAGACAGAAAACUGAGAUCUCUACAGCAGUGCCUGAGAAGAAGGUUGUAUUUAAAGGAAAGACAGAAGAAGGUGCACAGUGUCAGAGCUUUGAUGUGAAACCCCGCAUAGUUUAUCCGAUGGAGGGUGGGACAGCACUGAUCACCUUUGAGGAUGAAGGAGUGGCUCAAAAGGUUUUGAGCUUGAAGGACCAUAAGGUGCAGCUCGGGGAAUGUACCAUUAAUGUACAGGCGCAACCAAUUCAGUUCCUGGUACCCAUCUAUAUUGAGAUGGACACACAGAUUUGCCCACACAGAAUCUUAGUCUCUAACCUGCCAAAUAAAGUACCUGAGGAAAAACUGCUAGACAAACUUAAUAUUCAUUUCGCUAAGAAAAGAAAUGGAGGAGGCGAUGUGGAUGAUAUAGACAUGCUGCAUGAUUCUGGCACUGUGGUCAUAACCUUUACAGAAAAUAAUGUCGCCAAAGGUCUUACAGACAAACUGGAACAUAGAGUAGAAAUCAUGAAAAAAGAGGACUACAAAGUGAAAGUUACUCCAUUCCUCAAUGGCGAGAUUUCACAUCUUCAGACCGGUAACUCGAUGUGCCUGCGCACAGUUCAGCUAACAGGCAUCCCUGACAUUAUGGAACUAGAGAAUCUGCAGGACCAUCUGGAGAUCCACUUUCAGAAGGCAACCAAUGGUGGAGGAGAGGUGGAGAGCAUCAUAUACAACCCCAUUGGCCACACCACACUGGCGGUUUUUACAGAGGACCCUGAAGACAGCCAAAGCGUCUAAAACAUAACAGUUUUACUGAUAUUGUACAGCUAGUAAACUUGAAUAGCUAUAAGAUCUUAUGCUGAUUUUGGGCCAGAAAGACUACAGAUUUCAUGAUCUUCUGAUUUGGGUCAAUUAAAGGGAUAGUUCACCCAAAAAUGAAAAAUCUGUCAUAAUUACCUCACUCUAAUGUUGUUACAAACCUAUAUAAAUUUCUUUGUUCUGAUGAACACAAGGAAUAUAUUUUGAGAAAUGUUUGUAACCAAACCAUUCGUAGACCCCAUUCACUUCCAUGGUAUUCUUUUUUCCUACUAUGGAAGUAAAUGUGGUUCACAAAUGGUUUGGUAAAAAACAUUCCUCAAAAUAUCUUCCUAACUGUUGAUCAGAAAGACAUUAGGUUUGUAAAAUGAGGGUGAGUAAAUUAUGACAGAUUUUUAAUUUUUGAGUAAUUUUCUAUCUAUUUAUUUGAUUAUCUUAAACUCAUUACACUUUAAGGGCUAAACAUAUUUAAAUAUAGACAUUAUAUAAUUCAUAAAUACAUAAGAGCUAUUCUGGUACAGGCUUUAGUUGGAAAAAAAUGGUCAUGUUUGUAAAUCUUAUCUAUGGGAAAAUGUGGGAUUGAGAUAAGUCAGAAGUUAAAUGUCUCAUAGAGUAAAACAUUUAAAAGUUGUACUCAAGUAUAGUCAAUGCAAUAGUUUUGAAGUACCUACCAUGCAUAAAUGUAAGUGAAAAAUUAUGGUCAUGGUUACUGUGAAAGACAAAACCAGUCUUACGAAUAAAUGUGCCAAAACUGCCUAUGAAGCAAAA